ACCGGGCUGUGGCGCAGCAGCGCCCCCUGCUGCUGCACCCUCCGUCCUGCACCAUUACACGGCAGCCACAGCCGCAGCAGCAGCAGCAGCGACAGCGUCUCUCCUGUCACCGCCGGGACUCCCUGUCCUCAGUGGCAGUGUUUACAGCAAUAUACCGUCACACACGACGACCAACGACCUGCAGACAAAAUGGUGAACUUCACUGUGGAUCAGAUCCGUGCCAUCAUGGACAAGAAGUCCAACAUCAGGAACAUGUCUGUGAUUGCCCACGUGGAUCAUGGGAAGUCCACGCUGACUGACUCACUGGUGUCCAAGGCAGGGAUCAUUGCCUCGUCCCGUGCCGGAGAGACCCGUUUCACAGACACGCGCAAAGACGAGCAGGAGCGCUGCAUCACCAUCAAAUCUACGGCCAUCUCCAUGUACUACGAGCUUGGAGAGAACGACUUGGCGUUUAUCAAGCAGAGCAAAGACGGAAACGGCUUCCUCAUCAACCUGAUCGAUUCUCCGGGUCACGUUGACUUCUCUUCUGAGGUCACUGCCGCCCUCAGGGUAACUGACGGAGCCCUAGUGGUGGUGGACUGUGUCUCGGGUGUGUGCGUGCAGACUGAGACUGUGCUGCGACAGGCCAUCGCUGAGCGCAUCAAACCGGUUCUGAUGAUGAACAAGAUGGACCGGGCCCUGCUCGAGCUGCAGCUGGAGCCAGAUGAGCUCUUCCAGACCUUCCAGCGUAUUGUGGAGAACGUCAACGUCAUUAUCUCCACCUAUGGAGAGGAUGAGGGAGGACCCAUGGGGAACAUCAUGAUUGACCCUGUUGUUGGUACAGUUGGGUUCGGCUCUGGCCUCCAUGGCUGGGCGUUCACCCUGAAGCAGUUUGCUGAGAUGUAUGUGGCAAAGUUCGCAGCUAAAGGAUAUGCUCAGUUGGGACCAGCAGAGAGGUGUAAGAAAGUGGAAGACAUGAUGAAGAAACUAUGGGGAGACAGAUAUUUUGAUCCAAGUGCCGGCAAAUUUAGUAAGACACCCACCGGUCCUGACGGUCAGAAACUUCCCCGCACCUUUUGCCAGCUUGUUUUGGACCCCAUCUUUAAGGUGUUUGAUGCCAUCAUGAACUUCAAAAAGGACGAGACAGCCAAGCUAAUUGAGAAGCUGGACGUCAAACUGGACUCAGAGGACAAGGAGAAGGAGGGGAAGCCGCUGCUGAAGGCUGUGAUGCGUCGCUGGCUGCCUGCUGGAGAGGCCCUGCUCCAGAUGAUCACCAUCCACCUGCCCUCUCCCGUCACUGCGCAGAAAUACCGCUGCGAGCUGCUCUAUGAAGGGCCCGGAGAUGACGAGGCUGCCAUGGGUAUUAAGAACUGUGAUCCCAAGGCUCCUCUGAUGAUGUACAUUUCCAAGAUGGUCCCAACCAGCGACAAGGGUCGUUUCUACGCCUUUGGCCGUGUGUUCUCUGGGUGUGUGUCCACUGGCCUGAAGGUGCGCAUCAUGGGGCCAAACUUCACCCCUGGCAAGAAAGAGGACCUCUACAUUAAACCCAUCCAGAGGACCAUUCUGAUGAUGGGCCGUUAUGUGGAGCCUAUUGAAGACGUCCCAUGUGGCAACAUCGUGGGUCUCGUUGGGGUAGACCAGUUUCUGGUCAAGACAGGGACCAUUACCACCUUUGAACAAGCCCACAACAUGAGGGUGAUGAAGUUCAGCGUGAGCCCUGUCGUGAGAGUUGCUGUGGAGGCCAAGAACCCUGCUGACCUGCCCAAGCUGGUGGAGGGUCUGAAGCGCCUGGCCAAGUCUGACCCCAUGGUGCAGUGUAUCAUUGAGGAGUCCGGGGAGCAUAUCAUCGCUGGGGCAGGAGAGCUGCACCUGGAGAUCUGCUUGAAAGACCUGGAGGAGGACCACGCCUGCAUUCCACUAAAGAAAUCAGACCCAGUUGUGUCUUACAGAGAGACAGUGAUGGAAGAGUCAGACCAGAUGUGUCUGUCCAAGUCCCCCAACAAGCACAAUCGUCUCUUCAUGAAGUCCCGUCCUUUCCCUGACGGCCUGGCUGAAGAUAUCGAGAAGGGGGAAGUCACCGCUCGGCAGGAGCUCAAGGCUCGUGCUCGCUACCUCGCUGACAAGUAUGAGUGGGAGGUGACAGAAGCCAGGAAGAUCUGGUGCUUCGGUCCAGAUGGAACCGGGCCCAACCUGCUAAUAGACAUGACAAAGGGAGUCCAGUACCUCAACGAGAUCAAGGACAGCGUGGUGGCUGGUUUCCAGUGGGCGACUAAAGAGGGUGCUCUAUGUGAGGAGAACAUGCGCGCAAUUCGCUUUGACAUUCAUGAUGUGACACUGCACGCGGACGCCAUCCACCGCGGUGGAGGACAGAUUAUUCCCACAGCGCGCAGGGUCCUGUACGCCUGCCAGCUCACCGCUCAGCCACGUCUCAUGGAGCCUGUUUACCUGGUGGAGAUUCAGUGCCCCGAGCAGGUGGUCGGCGGCAUCUACGGUGUGCUGAACAGGAAACGAGGUCACGUGUUUGAGGAAUCCCAAGUGAUGGGCACCCCCAUGUUUGUGGUGAAAGCCUACCUGCCUGUCAAUGAGUCCUUUGGGUUCACAGCUGACCUGCGCAGUAAUACUGGAGGCCAGGCCUUCCCUCAGUGUGUGUUUGACCACUGGCAGAUUCUCCAGGGAGACCCCAACGACCCCGCCAGCAGACCCUCCCAAGUUGUCGCUGAGAUUAGGAAACGCAAAGGGCUGAAAGAGGGAAUUCCCGCUCUCGACAACUACUUGGACAAAUUGUAAACGCUGACCCCCCUCGGAUUAAAAAAAUACCAAAUCAAUCUCUAAACCCUACCCCGUGGGCACUUUAAAAUCUUUGCACAGGCUUAAAGAUACAUCGCACAAAUUGUUUUGACUUUUGAGUCCGGAGCAGAAACAAAGCUUAAGCUUUCGUUGUAGGCUAGGUGAAGCAGUGAUGCUUUUUUUCAUUUCACAGCUACAGUACACCAAGUGCCUAGGGCAAGGGUUUUGGGGAACAAUUGGAUCAAAGCAGUUGUAUUAUCAAUUCUUUAUUUCUUCUAUUCCUCCACAUCAUCUCCUUUUCACCCCACUCAUCUGCCAGGAUGGGCCUGUACAGUGCACUGUGAUACUGCUGCAAUAAUGCAUAUUUAAAUGGGUCAUGGUGAGAUAGAACCAUGGAAAAACCACAAUAAAGUGUUACAGAAGUCAGACUCCCUGGACUGGACCUUUGUUCAGUGGAUGUAAUGAAUAAAAACAUUCAACUCAUGGUGAA